AUGUCCACAGAAACCGAGGGCUCGGCCCCUGCGCCGCAGACCACAGAGAAUAACGAUGUGAAGACGGAAAAGAAGGAGCAAGUCCAGCCUCAGAAGCCCAAAGAGCAGCAACAAUCAGCGCCCGCUGGCGAGAAGAAGCUAUCCGGCGCUGAAUUGAAGAAGAAGGCCAAGGAGGAAAAGGCUGCCAGAAGAGCACAAGCCAAGGCUACUCAGGCCUCACAGGGCCCCUCGCAAGGCGGUCAACAGGCGUCUGGUGAUGGGAAAGGAGGCAAAGCAAAGCCUAAGCAGGACGGACAACAUCAGCACCAGCAACAUGGCGGUGCAAAACUCCCUAUUCGGCCAGCAGCAGCGACGGCUGUGGUUAAGGACGACAAGCCUUCGAUACCAGACUGCUUUAGCCACCUCUCUAUGGCUAGGCGGAUAGAAAUGACAAAUGCCGACAAGGACGUCCAUCCUGCUGUCUUGGUUCUCGGCGAGCACAUGAGCGCAUUCGUUAUCAGUGAUAGUAUUACACGACUCGAGGCGACGCUGUAUGCUUUCCAAAAGGUCAUCGACUCUUAUACAACUCCCCCCGGCUUCACUUUCUCCCGCCAUUUCACACCUCACGUUCUCAACCCCCAGAUCGAGUACCUCACAGCAUGCCGCCCCAUGUGCUUCUCAAUGGGCAACGCCAUCCGGUGGCUGAAGCUCCAGAUCAGUAAAGUGGAUGUCGAUCUUCACGACAACGACGUAAAGAAACUCCUCAAGGAGUCCAUCGACAACUAUAUUCGUGAGCGUAUCACUCUCGCAGACUACGUGAUUGUUGAGACUGCUGCCACCAUGAUUAUACCUGGCGAUGUUGUACUCACCUACGCUCAUCAUCACCUCGUCGAGCGCACUCUUCUUCAGGCUCGCAAGAACAAAACGGACUUCCGCGUGAUUCUGGUCGAUGAUCCUUAUGAGCGCGUCGGAAUCGAUCACGCCAAAAGGCUCUCCGCCGCUGGUAUCCAAGUCACCUAUGUUUCCGAUCUUGGUGCUCUGCAAACACAUCUCUAUGAGGCAACCAAAGUUUUCAUCGCAGCCGAGGCCAUCUUCAGCAACGGCGCCAUGUACGCUCGCGCCGGCUCAUGCGAUAUCGCCACGGCAGCUUCUGAUAUGAACGUUCGCGUUGUUGCACUCUGCGAGACGGUCAAUUUUACAGAGCGUGUAUCCAUCGAUUCUCUCACAUACAACGAAAUCGACCCUGAGCGAUCCACCGAUGUCGGCUUCCGCUUACUCUUUGACACUACCCGCGAUACGUUUAUUUCGGUGGUUGUGACGGAGCUGGGCAAUUCCUCUGCCACGUCUGUGCCUGCAAUUCUUAGAAAACUAGAGGAGCUGUAA